AUGCAUCCAGCUCAGAUAUUCCAUUCAAUUCCGCUAUUGUUAUGCUCUCCUCCUCCCGAAAAUCCGUCUCCCGUCCCUCAUCUCCCCGGCUCGACCUCCCCGCGUAAACAGGAUGCACCCAUCAGAACCAAAUCUAAAACCACCUCCCCUCCACGCCCCCCACCCACCUGCCUCCCGCUCACCACCGUCUCCGACUCCUACAUCGGCGCCAUGACAACUCCCACCUUCGUCCCCGCGCCUGCCCUGUCCCGCGCGCGCCCCUUCCUUACGGGCCACGCCCCUCUGAUUACCCCUCGUCCCCCCAUUUUGCCCGCCCGUACCGCCCCGUCCGCCGUCCUGCAGGAGCCGGUCUCGAACCCCAAGCCUAAGCCUGCCCGCCGCAAGGUCACUAAGGACCCUUACAACCCCUCUUUCUCCGAGUCGCCGCUCUUCACCGAGUGCUUCCCCAACUCCACAAAAGUCUACACUCCCGUCGAGCACCCGGAAACCUCCCAGGUACUCCGCGUGCCCUCGCGCCGUGUCCACCUCGCCGGUGGAGAGGCCCCGGUCGACCUGUAUGACACCUCAGGACCCCAGGGUGUGAAUCCGAGUCAGGGCUUGCCCAAGCUCCGCAAGGACUGGAUUGAGCGCCGGGAGAAUAGGGGGGAUACCAUCUUUACGCAGAUGCAUUACGCGAAGAAGGGUACCAUUACAGAGGAGAUGCUCUAUUGUGCUGUCAGAGAAGGCUUAGACCCCGAGUUUGUGAGAAGUGAGGUUGCCAGGGGGAGGGCUAUUAUUCCGAGCAAUAAGAGGCAUACCGAGCUCGAGCCCAUGAUUGUUGGCCGAAACUUCAAAGUCAAGAUCAAUGCCAACAUAGGAAAUUCCAUAAUUACAUCCAGUAUCGAAGAGGAGGUCGAGAAGCUCCAGUGGUCAACCAUGUGGGGCGCAGAUACUCUCAUGGAUCUGAGCACCGGCAUUCACAUCCACCAAACGCGCGAGUGGAUUAUGAGAAAUUGCCCGGUUCCCGUCGGCACGGUGCCCAUCUACCAAGCCUUAGAAAAAGUCAACGGCAUCGCAGAGGACCUCACAUGGGAGAUCUUCCGCGAAACCCUCAUCGAGCAGGCCGAGCAGGGAGUCGACUACUUCACCAUCCAUGCCGGUGUGCUUUUACGCUACGUCCCGAUGACUGCUAAGCGCAUGACUGGGAUUGUGUCGCGAGGCGGUUCGAUUCAUGCCAAGUGGUGUCUCACGCAUCACAAGGAGAAUUUUGCGUACGAGCACUGGGAUGAUAUUUGCGAGAUUAUGCAGAAGUAUGACAUCGCCUUCUCCAUUGGCGAUGGCCUUCGCCCUGGCAGUAUAUACGACGCCAAUGAUGAGGCGCAGUUUGCGGAAUUGAAGACGCAAGGUGAACUGACCAGAAGAGCAUGGGAGUACGAUGUACAAGUGAUGAACGAAGGGCCCGGACAUGUACCCAUGAACAAGAUUCCGGAGAAUAUGAAAAACCAGCUCGAAUGGUGCAAUGAGGCGCCGUUCUACACCCUGGGCCCAUUGGCCACCGAUAUCGCACCAGGAUAUGACCACAUCACAUCAGCGAUUGGAGCAGCCAACAUUGGGGCGCUGGGCACAGCUUUGCUAUGCUACGUGACGCCCAAGGAGCAUCUAGGGCUUCCAAACCGUGACGAUGUGAAGACCGGUGUGAUUUCCUACAAAAUUGCGGCGCACGCGGCCGACUUAGCCAAGGGGCAUCCCGGUGCUCAGGUUCGGGAUGACGCGCUCUCUAAGGCGCGGUUCGAGUUCCGGUGGGAGGACCAGUUUAAUCUGUCGCUAGACCCCGUGUCUUCUCGAGCAAUGCAUGACGAGACGAUGCCCAGCGAAGCAGGCAAGGUUGCGCAUUUCUGCUCGAUGUGUGGACCCAAGUUUUGUUCGAUGAAGAUCACGGAAGACGUUAGGGCGUACGCAAAGGAACAUGGAUAUGGGGAAGUAGAGGCGGUGAAAUUAGGGAUGCAGGAGAAGUCAGAGCAGUUCAUAACUGAGGCGCAGGGGCAGAUCUAUGUUCCGAAGGUUUUAGAGCUGGAGGAGUAGGACAUGGAGAUGCAGAUUUGAGUGGAUUUGCUGCUUGCAUAUUGCAGUGACGGUGCCAUAAGUCUAGCGGAGCUGCACUUCCCUAAAUGGAGGGGUCUAUUUCCAAUUGAUAGUUUUUAUAAAUAGGAAGCAUUUCGUGUUGAGAGGCGACAACAAAAA